UCGACCUUCUUAUGAACCAAUCAAAUGUAACCCAUUUUUCAUCUGCACGCUCCUCGGCUCUGUUCCUGUCAGUUCUUUCAAACUCUGUCACCAUGCAUGCGUGUACGAUCCUCUGUGGAGUCUUGUAUCUGUCAGCCGUGGCCUCGUUGACUGCGGUCAAACAGGACACUGGCGUGACCUCUGCCACUGUUGGGGGAAAUGUGACUUUAAAAUGCUUCUACGACAGCCAGGUGGCCAUGCAUUUCUCCUGGUACCGACAGAUCCUAGGAGGCAGACCAGAGCUCCUAUCUUCAGUCUACAAGUAUGAUAAAUCCUCCAAAGUGUCCGCCUGGAUGGAGAAGAACCCGCGGUUCUCUCUGGUGAGGAUGGACGGGAUCAAUCAUUUACACCUCUCUGACGUGCGAUUCUCAGAUUCAGCCACGUACUUCUGUGGAAGCUCGCACUCCAACGUCGUGGAGUUUGGAGAGGGGGUCUUCCUGAGUGUUAAAGGAACCGACCUCAAAGAAGUCACCCAGAGGCCGGUCUCUGGGACCAUCCAGUCAGGAGACUCUGUGACUCUGAAUUGCACCGUCCACACUGGAUCAUGCCACGAAGAACACAAUGUGUACUGGUUCAGACAGGGUUCCCACAAAGGAGUCCUCCACACCCACAGGGACGGGUGUAAACAAACCUCCACAGCAGGCUCCCCCUCACUGAGCUGUCUCUACCAUCUCCAGAAGCUGAACCUGAGCUCCUCUGAUGCUGGGACUUACUACUGUGCUGUGGCCUCCUGUGGGGAGAUACUGUUCGGUAAUGGGAGCAAGCUGCUGGUCAAAGGUGACGCUGAGGACCAGACGGCACAGAUGAGGAUCCUGGUCUACCUCUCCAUCAUUAGAACUGGGACUCUUCUGUUGUUUGUAACCAUUUGUCUCUUUAUUUACAUCACCAUGAGCAGAAAAAAGUCCUAGAUGAGGAGUGGAUGGCCCUUAACUCUCAACAUGUAUUACUGAUGAGGCUUAUAAUGUCAUUUAUUAUACUGUAUACUGUAAGGGGGGUCGGCCUCAGGACAGGACAGACAGGACAUUCAUUGUUAAGGCUUUUUACAGGAAUAUUAUCAUCUUAGCUCACAGAAAUUCUUCAAAUAUUUGAUGGUUUUUAUUUGAAAAGCUCCUCAAACCAGUUAAGUAUUUUUGAAGCCGUGCCCUCUGUGACAGCUGUUACUGCAGAAGACAAAACCUCAAACUGCAGAUCGCCAUCCAUCCAAAACAACUGAUGAUAACCAAAUAUAUGAUGCAUUUUUAUAUUUACUUAAUUUGAUUCUAUUAUAAACUAGGCUUCUUUAAAAAAUAAAGCCAUAAAUACAGUAAGUUUUAUGAGAACUCCAUUAAAAUCUUUGAAGAUUGUUAAAAAGUUGCCCCAGAUAAAAUGAGGAUGGACAUCUUCCAGCUAUAAUGUGGUAGUUUAGCUCUUAGAUCUCUAAAAUGCCUGCUGACCUCUGACCUUUAGAUUGGCACAUCAUUAGACCAGUUAGAAACUUUCCUAUACUGUCUAGAGCAGGGGCAAGUGAUGGGAAUUACGGCUCUUUUCAGUGCCCUUAUUUUAAUGCACUUUGUUAUAUUUACUCCACCAUUUCUGUACCAGUACCAGGAUUCCUCUGUCACCUUUCCAUAGAAGCCAAGAGGAUGUCUGAAUGUUGAAGCAUUCAGGAGUAGCAGCCUUUUUAUUUCAGGUAUAUUUUUAUGGUGUACUGUUCUGUUGUCAACAAUAAACCUGAAGUAGAUCAGGCUUCACGCUUUGGUCCAGUUGAGUUUUUCAGCUAAUCCCUCCUAGCUGCAGUCAUCCACAGGACUCUCUUUCACAAUACAAAUUAAGACAGGAAAAAUGUUUUUAUUAUUCUAGUUAACACCAGUAGCAGCUUAAGUGAGUGCUUGAACUCCUAAAGGUUCAAACACAGCUUUCAAUUUAAUCUGGGUAUUCCUGGAUGGGGUUUUUGGCUAAUUUUACCCAAAAUAAAACUGAAGUAACAAAAUUAAAGGCACAGUUUCACCACAACGCACUAAAAAGACUUAACCCAGGUGUUAACAGGAAGUCACUGCAGCAGCAGCUGUUGUUGGAGUCUGAUUGGUGGAUCCAGAUCCAGGCCUGGGUCCUUAAUGUAUAAAGCGCCCUUACACU